AGGCAGUUGCAAUCGAGGCCUUUAACCAGACAAUAGCCUGAACUAAAUUCAACUCGUUCUUGCAUUGAAAGCUGGAUGCUCCAUUUCUGCAUGGCUGAGACAAAUUACGGGUUGGCGUUGUAGGCGAUUGUUAAAGCCGGUGUACAGUUUCCGCAUGAUGCAAUGUCGCGUCUUUCGAUUGGGCGUUCAAUCGAGUGAUUGAUAUUAACCAUUCAUGCUUUUGGAUUCGUGAAGAAGAUGCAAUGAACAGUAUCGUCAGAAUGUGUUCCGUGUGGUAAUCGUUCCGUGUGAACGAGGCUUGCAGUUCAUGGCAAUCUUCACGUGGUCUCGUUUGCGCGACCGGUGAGGUUAGGUUAGAUGUGGUUCAGCAGCAAAGCGGUCCUGUGGGCGAACGGCAACAGAAUUUCGGAACUUAUCGAGUUCGCAGCAGGAGUUCGUGCAGCAGGUGAAGCAACAAAUAGCGGUCGCCAAUGCCCAAGAACUGCUCCAGAAAAUGACGGAGAAAUGUUUCAAAAAAUGCAUAGGCAAACCGGGCACUUCGCUGGACAGCUCGGAACAGAAAUGCAUAGCGAUGUGUAUGGAUCGAUACAUGGAUUCGUUUAAUCUUGUGUCAAAAACGUACAGUGAACGACUUCAAAGAGAAAGCAACAGAAUGUAAAUACAAAAAUUUGUGGAAAUAUAUUGUUAUUUGUUAUCUAUACUGUAAUUUAAUAGCACCAUUACAGUAUCAUAGUGUUCAUUAGCUUAUGGGAAUAUAUUUCUUCAUACUCAUGGCCAGUGAGAUGCAUCAUCGUGGAUAUCAUCGAUUUAAUGUGUAUUAUAUGGUUUUCUUUUCAAAGCAUUUAAUAUGGUGCAUUGCUUAAAAAUGAUGUACAAUACAAAUCAAAGUACAACAUAUAAUGCGGCGUUAUUGCAAGUGCACACACUUAUCUAUUCCAGUUUAUACAUUUUUUAUAUAAAAAUAAAUACUUUUAUUAAAGAUGUAUGUGUUACAUCUCAAAGCAUUACCAAAAGUAUAAAAAGUUCAGAUUCUGUUUAAGUAUCUAUGUAAAAUUUGAAUACAGUUCUGUUAUUGAUUGAAACAUUAAAUUUUUGAUUCACUCUCUUAAUUCUUAUGAAAAAUCGCACUUCAUAGUACUUAUAUGCAAAUUUGAUGAAGAGAACUGAGCACUAAGAAUUAAAUCAAAUUUUUUAUAUACUAUUAAUGAAAUUCUAAUAAAUAUACAUGCAAAAGUA